GGAUUAUAGAGAAAAGGAUAAAGAAUGAUAAAGGGAGAAGAGAUGUAGACUGGAGCGUAGCAGUGAAAGACAGAGUAACAAACUGAGCAUAGGAGAUAAAAGGUAGAAGUCCUGGAAAGCUGAACUGAGAUAAACAGGUGAAAGAAAGGAUUAUAGAGAAAAGGAUAAAGGAUGAUAAAGGGAGACAGCGAUGUAGACUGGAGCGUAGCAGUGAAGGACAGAGGAACAGAUUGAGAAAGGGGGAUAAGAAACAGAAGUCCUGGAAAGCUGAAUUGAGAUAGACGAACGGGGGAUAGACAUUAUUGGAUGAAAGGCGAUGCAGGGAGACUGAGAUAAAGACAAGCGAGGGAGUGAAGGACAGAGGGACAGCGGAAAGGACAGAAGAACAGAGGAAGUGAGGGAGAUAGAGAUAACCGCCUGGAAAGCUAAACUGAGAUGAAGAGAUGAAAUGAAGGAUAAAGAUAAGGAAGGACGCUGAGAGGAGACAGAUAAAAACUCAACCCCGGCAACGAAGGACAAAAGGACAGAGGGAAGGACAGGGAGGGACAGACGGAGACAGCAGUGGCGGUGGUGGUGGUGCUGUUGGUAGUGACUGUGGCGCUAGUGACAUGUUGCAAGAAUCCAAGGGCGCACCAGUGGCACCAAGUUAGAGGGCCACGCGCACGCCACUCACCACUCGCCGCGCGCCCGCCCCCACGCCCGCACGCGCCUCGCAGUGCCACGUCUCCUCCAAGACCCACCAGGGAGCCUCUUGUGCCCCCUGGAAGACGCACACGCCCCCCCAGUGAGACAGUCGUGACAAGGAAAAUAAAAAAAAGGACAAAGUAGUUAACCAUAAAGAAAAUUACGUAGAGUUGUAAAAAGAGCCAUAACUGGAAGGAGAUAAAGGGAGAAAAGUCUUAAAAAACAAACAGGAAGAACAUGUAACAAUAAACAUAGAGAGAGAAGUGAAAUAUCGCAAUUCAAGGAGGAAAAAAAAAUAAAACGCCGGGAAUGACUGAUUGAAUGUGACUAACAAAGAAAAAAACAAAGACAGUAAGGCGUUAAAAAAGUAAAAAUUAACAACAAAACAUCAAAAACUGUGUAGAAAUAAAAAAGAAAAGCAAAGUAUUAAAUAGGAAGACUUCGAUGUGAUUGAGGGAGAACAAAGGAAAACGGUGAAAAGUGAAAUGUUGAAAAGGGAGGAAAAGUAAAGAAGAGAAAACAGGAAAAGACUAUAGAGCAGGCCAGCAGGAAAACACCACACAUCAGCCCAAAGGAACGACUUAAUUGGCUUGUUUACGGACAGUUCGGCGCCAUGAUGGAAGUUGGAUGGAUGAGUGAGGGGGGGCAGAGAUGUCCGGCCCGGGAGGGGGUAGCGCUCCCCUCAGCCCUACUCGCCCUGCCCCCCGCCUCCCCCUAGGACUGCCCCGCCCCCCUUCCGCCUCCAGACCCCAGCAGCCCUCACUGCAACACCAGGUUGGCGAGCUCGAGGCCAAGGCAGCCAGCAUGAGGACCGUUCUCUCGCAGCUGGUGGACGCCGACAAGGACGUGGACACGGAGGGCACGGUGGGCGGGGAGGGCGGGGUACUUCUAUCCUCCGCCUGCGACUCCCCGCCCCCGCUGCCCUCCCUCAUUUUCGACGCCCCGCCCAUGAGCCACGUGACCCCCGCCCUCCUCGGCAGUAACUCCGACCUGACCCACCCACAUAUGUAUCGGUGCGGCAGCCCCCACCCCCUCACCGCCAACACCACCCUCAGCGGCCUCGUCUUCAACAACAAUUUUGAGUUCCCCAACGACAACAACAACACCACCACGAACGACUUCAUUGAGAACCAUGACCUGCCUGACUGCAACUCCAACACCGAGUACUGCCCGGGCGAGCUGAGGUACCCUUCCCCGCACACCUCCAGGCCUGUGUCCCGCGCCUCUUCCCACGCCUCGCUUCCCGCCUCCACCGCCUCGCACGUGCCACGCCGCUCGCAGUCCUCACACACGCAGCCCAGGGGAAACCGCCGGUACCUGCGCCAGACUCGCUCGGCCUCCCGCGGCAGCAGACAGGGUUCAGGGGGCAGCCUCAACCUCCCCGGAGGACUGUCCACCUCCAGCCUCAACCUUGACUCCCAGGAGGACAUCGCCACCCUCAUCCUCACCCUCAGGAAGGAAAGGUCACGGCUGCUGCAGGAGAUCGAAGCCGAGGAGGAGGAGCGGGCCUGGUUCUACUCACAGCUUGAGAACCUUAACCAGCAGCUCCGUCGCUCCAGCACAGACAACGUGAGUACCCCAUUAAACCCCCAUUGUAGAGUACCCAUUAGAUGUACCUUGUGAUUGGGUACCGUUAAAUAUUCUUGUCUCUUCUCUCUCUUUAAUACUAUACAAAUAAUUCUCUUGUUAGUAGUAACAUUUCCGUCUACCUUCCUGGAUCCAUUCAUUUUCUCUUUGCAUGCACUAUCUUCUCUUCUUUUAGUGUGGAUUCCUUUUUUCCUUCUCCAUUGUGACCUUUUAAGUGUAAGUUGUUUGGCCAACAUGACUGGAAUAAAGGUAGGUCAAAGAAGAAGAAAAAGAUUGGCAGGUAAGGUGAGAAGACAUUAUCAGGCUGACAGAAGCAGUGUACUUUAUGCUUCCCGGUGCACACACGUGAAAAUCGUCUGAAAGUCAAUGAGUCUAUUUAUUAGGGAGAGGUGAAACAGGUAGGCUACAUAGAUAUUGAAUGUGGAGUUAUAGAACCAGAGGAGGAAAGGGGUAAAGGGAAAUGCAAAAAGUGUGUUUAUUAAGACAAGUAAGGAGUUAAAGGAAAUAGGAGCACAGAAGAUGUUAGAGCAGAUACUUAGGAGGGAAAGAAGACAAACAUAUGGAUGUACUUUUAUCAAUCAAAACAAGGAAGAAUGGGAUGAAGGAGAAAGCAAACAGAUAUUAUAUAAACUUCGGCAGUUGAACAGAAUGAGAAGGUAGAAGGUACAGAAGCUAUUUUCCCUUUUAUCGUCUUUUUUUUUCGUGUAAAGAAGCGGUAAUGAAAAAAGGAAAGGGAGAAUAAAUAAGAAGGAGGAAGAGGCAAAAAACAGCUACUCCUACACAGCGAUAUUAAGAGAGAGGAAUGAUUGAAUGAAUGCAGGGAGAGAAUGAAUGAGCGUGUGACUGAAUGAAUAAAUGAAGGAAGGAGGGAAAGAAUGAAGAACUGAAUGAAUGAAUGAAGGAAGGAAGGAAGGAAGGAAGAGUGUAUUACUGUUUGAAGAGGCAAAAAACAACUACUACACAGUUAAAAUAAGAAAGAGGAAUGAUUGAAUGAAUGAAAGAAUGAAUGAAUGAGCGUGUGACUGAAUGAAUAAAUGAAGGCAGGAGGGAAAGUGGGAAGGAGUGAAAGAAUGAAGAACUGAAUGAAGAAAGGAAGGAAGAGUGUAUUACUUUUUUUUGUGUGUGUGUGUGUUGGUGGUGUUUGCGGUGUUGUGGUGUUUUGGUGUUGGCACGAGCACCUGUUGUGUCGUGGCCGCUCCCGUGACUCCCGGAGAUUAUUUAUGUCGACCACCACCACCGCCGCCGCCGCCACCGCUAUCACCAACCCCAUCGCCGCCUACCUGUUUGCGGGGCCCAGGCGGUGGUGGUGGUGGUGGUGGCAAGGAAGUAGUGAUAUUAGUGAAACGCAACUCAUUUCUGUAAAGCAAGUGUUUGUUUAUAGUAUUUCCUUCACUGAUUGAUGGACGAGUUUAUUUAUUAUUCUCUUGUUCACAUAUGCACUUCAUCUAUUUGUUCAUGCAUUUAGUUAUCAUAUUAUCAUUCUUUGUGUGUGUAACGGGAAGAAGCCAUGAAUUUAAGCUUCGUUGCAUCAUGGGAGUGAGUGGGUUUAGUGUGUGUGUAUUACGUUCAUGUUUCAAUGCCUUUACUUAUAUCUACGCAACGCAUUUAUUUUUUUACACUGAUUCCUUCGUUUUGUAUUUUGUACCAUCUAAUGACGUAAUAGUGUUUUCCUUCAAAGAAAACAUUAGGAUACGAAAAAAGAAGAAAAACGAUUCGUCAUAUAUAAAUGCAUGGCCUUUCGUUUCUACCCCUUAUGAAGAAAAAUGUCACAGGAAGGAGGGAAGGGUGUGGAGGAAACUAUGUUAUUCAAACCGUAAUGUCAUGUUUUAUCACAGUACUUUAAUCUGUUCACCAACCCUAUUUCAAUAUUCACUUAUCUAAUAGGUUUCGAGCAUUUUCUUAUCAUCACUUCGUUCUGGCCUUGGACUGUCCACUAUGCCCUGAGAAAGAGGAAAGAAUCAAGAUAUAAAUACCAGCCCGAGACGUUGGUGUCCAUUAACCCAUCGUAAUGUUAUGGCGUAGGGAGCGUGUUUACUCCGGUGUUUAUUUCCGUAUUCUGUGUUUCCCCGCGGCCACCUGACACCCGCGACACCCCCCGUCACCCCUCCUUCCUUCCCCUCCCUUACCCCCUCCCCCCUACGUGGCGUCACUGUGGGUGUGUUUGCGUUCCGGAAGGCGCCUCUUUUUAUCCUCUGGUGACGUCCUGCGUGUAUUUUUGCCGCCUUGUUAUUUAUUGAGGAAGUCUUCGUUGUUUUCUGAGGUACUGGGUGUUGUGUGGAGGCUGUGUGUGUAUCUUUAUCGUGGUUGUUGUCACUUGUUUCUGAGAAGUUUAUUAAUAUUCUAGUUCUCUUAUUUGCGUGUAUUCUUGCCGCCUUGUUGUUUAUUGAGGAAGUCUUCGUUGUUUUAUGAGGUACUAGGUGUUGUGUGGAGGCUGUGUGUGUGUCUUUAUCGUGGUUGAUGUCAUUAUUGUUGGUUAUGCGAUGUUUUUGAUUUAUUUUGGUUGCGUAUAUUCUUGUCGUUCUGUAUUAAUUAUUGCUGAAGUCUUCGGUGUUUUGGUAGGUGCUGGGUGUUGUGUGGAGGCUGUGUGUGUAUCUUUAUCGUGGUUGUCAUAAUUAUUGCGAUUUUUUUUUAAUAUUGUGUUUUUGAUUUGCGUAUAUUCUGAGU